CAUAUCGGCAAUUUUCCAAUGUAUAUAAUUUCUUAAAAUAUUAUAAUAUUAUCACUUAUACUGGCAGCACUCGCAUAUGCAACGUGUCAAACUAUAUUUGUUGUCAAUUGUUGUUUGCUGUCAAUUUUUUUUGUUGAAAAGUGCAAAUUUCUUUCAUAUUUGUGUAUUACAAUUAAAUAAAUUGGAAUCAUAAAUACUUAAAAUUAAAACAAUAGAAUGGCUGCGUCACAACCCGUUCGUACAAAUUGGCAUCCGAGCAAAAAGCAUACUGAUGUUGAACGUUGGAUCUGCAUAUAUCCCGCAUAUAUAAAUAGCAAAAAGACACGCCAAGAGGGACGUCGCCUACCAAAAGAUAUUUGUGUUGAAAAUCCAACUUAUGCGGAAAUACGUGAUGUCCUAUCGGUAACCAGUUUGCGCGUCGCUGUGGAGAACAAGCAGUACUCUAGGGAACGCAGCAGGGAGCUACAAAUGCGUGGUCGCAUACGCGUUCAGAUGCGUAAUGAUGACGGCACACCAUGCAAUCCUGAUUUGGGCACCCGCGAGGAUGUGAUGCGUUAUGUAUCAACAAGAAUACCACAACUGAAAACGCGUCAAGGCAAAUCUGGUGAUCAUCAACAGCACGUACAAGCGCAACAGUCAGCCGGGGGCAAAAAGGGCAAGGGCAAGAGGCGCUAAAAAAAGUAGAAAUUGAAGGUCAUACAUAUGCAUUUCAACAUAUUUUUUGGGUAUUUCCCAUUCAGUGUUCAAGAAUGUCAAAAAUAGGCAUAUGUAAAAGUUCUAGCGGUAAUAAGUAAAUUUGCAUUUUUUGUUUUAUUUACAAUUGGUUAUUGUAACUUAUUUUUUAUAAAUAAAAUAUAAGAACAAUUA